AUGACCACCAAGAUGCUUUAUGUGGGUAUUUUUGUGGGACUGGUGUUAGAGUCCUGGUCUUUACCUGUGCAGAACUCCUCACUGGUUCAUCAGACAAGGCUGAGGUCAAAGAGAGAAUAUCCAGAGCAUUAUGUGAAACCUGAGGACAUGAAUGCCAUGGACAGGAUCCUCAGAGUAAAUCAACGUAUGUUGUCCAGAGGUUUUCCUUUAAGAGAGGGUGACAUCCUGGGUUCAGGAUCCCGCAGUGUCAUCACAUGUUUAGGAGAUUCUUGCCGCUGGCCCAGAUCUGUUGAUGGUUUUGUGUAUGUACCGUACAUCAUCUCUCCAAUAUAUGAUGAUAUGGACAGAAUCACCGUAGAAACAGGAAUGUUGGACAUUUCCUCUGCAACAUGUGUGAAGUUUGUGCCUCGCACACAUGAAGCAAACUUCCUUAAUAUCCAGUCUAGAACUGGCUGCUGGUCAUAUCUGGGAAUGAUAGGAGGCAGUCAGACCGUGUCUUUGCAGUCUCCGGGCUGUAUGUGGUCAGGAGUGGCAGCUCAUGAGCUAAUGCAUGCUCUGGGAUUUGUACACGAACAGUCUCGCUCUGAUCGUGACCACCACGUCUCCAUCCUGUGGGAAAACAUCAUAGAGAAUCAAAGGCACAACUUUAAGAAGUAUGAGACAAACAACCUCAAUACUGCAUAUGACUAUAGUUCUGUCAUGCACUAUGGGAGGUAUGCCUUCUCAGAGGAUGGUGGACCCACCAUCAUCCCUAAACCAGACCCGUACACUCCCAUUGGCCAGCGAGACGGACCAAGUCUGACGGACAUUCACAAAAUAAACAUAUUGUAUAACUGUGGUGGCCGUGUGUGA